CUUUUUCUCUGCCAGCAACUUUCUUACAUUCCAUCACUCUCUUCUUGACUGCAGUGUUUUGGUGAGAUUCAGAAAACUUUAGUCAUGUCUCAUACCGCUGUGCAGGGGAGUAUUGGGAGCCGUUCUGCCAUGGGGAUGCACACAUAUAAGAUAUAUCUGUACGAGUGUGAGAAUUUCCAAGGUCGCAGGAUGGAGCUGAACGGCGAGUGUCGCAAUAUCUGCGAUAAGGGCUUUGAUCGUGUGCGUUCCAUCAGAGUGGAGUGUGGCCCGUGGGUGGGUUAUGAACAACAGGACAUGCGUGGUGAGAUGUUCAUGUUGGAGAAGGGAGAGUAUCCUCGCUGGGACACUUGGUCCAAUAGCUACUCCUGUGAUUGUCUCAUGUCUCUCAGGCCAGUCCGCAUGGAUUCCAAGGAUCAUAAGAUCUGCCUGUACGAGUGUGCAAACUUUGAGGGCCGUAAGAUGGAGGUUUGUGAUGAGGACAUUCCCAGUCUGUGGUCCUACGGUUUCUGUGACAGAGUAGCAAGCAUUCAGGUCUCCGGAGGAACGUGGGUUGGGUACCAGUACCCUGGUUAUCGUGGAUACCAGUACCUGUUUGAAUGUGGCCCCUUCAAGCACUGGAAUGAAUGGGGAGCCAACCAUCCCCAGAUCCAAUCCAUCCGUCGAGUGCGAGACAUGCAAACACACCGGAGAGGAUGCUUCGAGAUGACUGCAUGAUGAUUAAGGGGUUGUCAGGAGAAGCUCUUUGGUGUAUAAAAUAAUAUCAUCCCUCAGUUUACACAGGCCACAUGAGAGCAGUGUAUAAACCUCAAUCAAUAAUUUUACAAAGUCAAAUUAUUUGUUACGAAGCUACAGCUUACAAAGUCGAAUAUUUUUUGUUAAGCUUUUUUUCUUGCAUUCACCAAUAUCUCUCUAUAAUGUGCUAGCUCUGUUUAAAUAAAUAGAUUUUUAUUGGGCAUUUUCCCAGCAAUUCAUCAUAUUUUUAUGCAUACUGUACUUGCCAUUUUUUAAGCAAGUGCAUUAACUGCAGAUUCCUACUGAAGAAUAAAUUAUAAACUGAGGAUGCAACAAGUAUUGGAAUGAGAAAACCCUGACCUCUUAAUAUUUUUGAAAUAGGCUCCUUAUAUAAAAUAUUUAUUUUCCACUCUUUUUGUGGACAAGUUUCACAUCCUCUGUAUCUCAUAUGAUAAGGGGACUGUGCAGACCUGUCACACAUAUCUCUCAGGGAUGCUGGCAUCUGGAAAUUAUAUUUCCCACAAAGGCAAAUAAAGA